AUGAGAUCAUUUAAAAAGGUCCGCGAGCCCUGCGAAUCGCGGUUUGGCAUAAACAGCAGUUUUCCGGUCAACGUCAUCCUAAUGCAACCGACAACAAGCCAUGAAACAUUUCUUGAUAGAUCUGAUUACGUCGAUUUCGAAGCAACAAGCAAGCUCCGAAACUGGCCGAUAAGCGUUGGCGAAAAGCGCUAUUAUGUUGAUCCCACAAUCUUUUCAAGGAAUUCCGACUACUUCCGCAUCUUGAUGGGGAACACGUUUUUCGUCGAGGGCGCCGUUAGACAGUUAAGGAUCAUUGACGAGUCGGCAGACGACAUACGCACACUGAUCACUGUCAUCUCUCCGAAUUCGUUGGGCAUGUAUCCGGAUCCGAUUGAUGAGCGAAACGUUGGUACCGUACUCCGGCUUUGCGACAAGUACUUGAUGACAAAUUUGAAACAGAAUUGCGUCGAUUAUUUGAGAGAAUACCGAGCUGACACUCAACUCACAUCAGAAGCAUUUCACUUGUUCUACGAGCUCUGCUUCAACCUGAAUUCUGAAUACGCGCACGAUUCGAAUGUAGCGGAUGCGGCAGUUGAAGCCAUGUACAAUUGUCUUUCUGUUCUUAGUAACCCAACGAAUAUUGGCUAUUUUCAUCAGUAUCUUGUCGAGCUGCAAGAGUUGCAGUGUAGUGAUAAGGACAGCGAGAACGUGAAGCGCGUUGCUGACUCGGUUCUUCAUGGAGGUGCCAUCUUCCGCCACCGCAUCUCAUUUAACGAAGAAGUCCAAGGCCUCGGAUGCCACCAAUGCAGCCAGCGACCCCCAGCCCGUUCGUCUCGUUCUAAAAACCGAAAGCCGUUCAUCCUCUCCCUAUGCAAAUCGUGCAAUCGUGAAGUCUGCGUACAGUGUCGCCGAAGUCUGUGCCCGCGGCUGUUCGAAGAUUGGAUCAACGAGAUGCGCUCAUAA